AUGAGUUCAAAUUUUUUUUUAACCCUAAAUAAAAAUUUGAUCUAUUCAGGUUUAGGAAUUGUAGGUAAAGGAGUUAUAAUUUUUUCUUGGUAUGACAAAAUACUUAGCGAGAUCAAGGAUAAGAUUCAUGACGUCUUUUCAGAUUCACUAAACUGUAACUUAGGUUGCAAUACAAGAACAAUUAGACAAGUUCAUGAUAAUGCAAAAUUAUAUAUUUGGAUACCAGAAAAAUCUAAUAAUAUUGCAUAUGCAAUAUGUUGUAUUUCAAAAAAUUAUCCUGAGAGGUUGAUAUAUGCAGCUUUAAAAGAAAUGGAAUAUUUUACAAUGUCAAUGAUUACUAUUGAUAAUUUAGUUAUACUCAAGGAAAAUGAAUUAGUAGAUUAUAAAGAUUUCAGAAUUAAUAUAAAGGAGUUGAUUCAUAGAUAUGAUAAUCCUAAAAAUAUUGAUAAGAUAUCUCAGAUGCAAUGUACUGUUAAUGGAGUCAAAGAUACUCUUCAGGAUAACAUCCAUAUAAUGCUUGAAAAUAAGGGAAAUCUUGAAAGUUUAGAUAAUAAGGCAGCAUUAUUGGAAAGUGAAGCAGGUACAUUUCUUAAUGAUUCAAUAACAGCAAAGAGGCAUUUUUGGUGGAAAAAUAUGAAAUUGAAACUAAUCCUGAUAGGAGUUAUUUCUCUUGUUAUUGGAGUUAUCGUAACAUCUUUAAUUAAUAUGUUUUCUUUUAGCCAUACACGUACAAUAACAACAUAUGUACAUACAAAAGAAGAUAAUAAUACAAUAAGAGAUCAGCUUAAGUCAUCUAUAGAUAACAAACAAAUUCUCAAUAAUACUGAGCUACCAUUACUCUGA